GGUACCUACACAGCCCUACCCUUAGCUAAGCACCUACGUACCCAUGUACUUACGACCAGAACUUGGAACCUUGCCUUCUUGGAGGACAGGGAGCGACACAGCCACCGGCGAUGGACUAUGUGGUAGCAAUACACAAUCUCCCCCUAAUACAAAAGCCAACGCGAAUUACGAGCAUGUCUAAGACUUGGCCGAUACGGGAUGAGAUCCCAGGCAAUCAAAUGACGCCGUCUGUGCGCGUCACCGACCGAUUCUGGAAUGACGACAGGAGAGGUGUUGAUACCAACAGCCAAUGAGACGGACAAUCGCCGUACUGGGUUGCUCCCAUCCUCAACCCCAAGUCGUGCUCUAUGCGCGAUCAAAUAUACCUAUAUAACUUGACCGGCUCCCCUCGAGAUCCUUCUUGCUUUAUACGGAACUCGUCCGAUUAUCCACCCUAUCUAAGCUAGGACGAUACAAGUUACCGAGACAUGUCACCAGCCGGUUCAGCUCCGAAUACCACGGGCUCGAGUUAAAAUACCUACAUGCCGGCACCCCUCACGAUUCAUAAUACUAUAUAUAUAUAGGACUCAGAGAGCCAGAGCGCUGAACGGGAUGGACCGCAUUGCGCCAUUUUGCCACCCUAGAACUUGCACUUAAACAAUAGGAAAGUUCCCUACUGUCAAAUACGCUGAUCUAGCCAAGUCUUCAUGGCGCCGAAGGGAAUCCAUGGUUCUUCUACCCAACAGCUAAUCUAGCAUGCCAUCUAAGGCCCUUCUCUGGGACGUGGUCGUGACGCUGGGCCAGAAGACCCGGCGGUCCAUGGCUUCGAAAUCUGAGGGGCGCGGUCCAUCCACCCCACCCAACGGGCCGCCGCCCUACCAGAAUGCGGGAGCCGACGGGGCAGCGUCGUUGCGCCCGCCUUCGUAUAGGGCUAUCGCCGACGGCGAGCCCAAUCCCCCAAAAUCCGUGUCUCCGGAGCGGGUAGACGUGCCACAGCCUGGGGCUACACCAGCGAGCAAUCAGGAAACCAACCCCGCUGAACUCAAUCUAGCAGCCUCUCUUUUUCCUCCCGUACCGUCUGACAUCGAGUUAUCUCCGCUGCCCAAGCCAGUUCUGAUCCCGAGCGUUAACCCGGGCCCUCAGAUACCCUUUGCGCGCGCCUGGGCGCCGGAGUUGGCAAACCACGCGGUGACGCCGGCAGACCUGGUCGCCUUCGUCGACCAUCUCAAUCGCAUUAUUACGCCGCAGGCGGUCGUCCAAAUGGUUGCGCUGAUCGCCGUCGCCAUCAGCGUAAUCCCAUACGAAGGCGCCGACGGCAUCGCUGGCGGACUGGAAGGCCUCGCGAUCCUCGCCGCGGUAGUCAUGUCCCACAAGCGCCGCAAUCGAUAUCUCGAGCGGGUGAACGAGAAGUAUUUCCACCCUCGGAAGCUGCACGUCAAGAUCACCAAUUCCAAGAAGAUGAUCAAGAGGUUCGGUCUCGACAAGGAAGACCCGCUGGUGGCCCCCCUCAGCGAAGACACGCUCGGCUUGAGCGCCCAGGAGAGGUGCCUCCGGUACGUGCGCAAGUGGACUUGCGAGCUCUCGUUCGACGUGCCUCCCCCGAGCCCCCAGACGGGCCUGCUCGCGAGGAUAGCCGCGUGGGAGGUCAGGCGUAAGAUCUCCAAGGCGGACGACGAAGCUAGAAAGAGCCGGCAGCGGGCCUGGAAGAGGCACCAGAAAGGCAAGAAGCUCAAGGAGAGCUGGGGGGAGAAAUCCAGGGCCAGGUCCCUCGACUGGAUCCUGAUACAGAACCUGGACGAGUGGGAGGCCGCGAGGGCAGAGAAGCAGGCGAGGAAGCAGGAGAAGAAAAAGGAGAAGUCGGCCUAGAAGACUAUCCGGAGCUGAUAUGUAGAUGAGGCUGGUGACGUGGUUUCUUUACGUGCGGAGUUUGCCCCGGAUACCCAUUUGCUCUUUAUCGGCGACACAGCUUAAUUCGUUAAUUGCUCUAGACUGCCGAUAUAUCACACGAUUUCGUGCCGGCUAUUAUGUAUUAUACUCAUAGGGUUUUUCUUAAGCCAAUAGUCCUAGUUUGUAGCCCAUAUAUAAUAUCAUAAUUUCUACC